GCGGCGGCGGCGGCAGCUCUCUAGGUAGAUAAGAUGGCUGCUCCUGAGAAAGAUCCAGACCUGAGGCUGCUGCAGAGGAACCCACUGGACCCCAGCAGCUGCCAGAAGAGCCAGUCCCUGGAGAGUGAGUGGAAGGCAGCCAUGGUGUCCCUGAGGUCCCUGAGCCGCUGUCCCAGCGUGGCCGAGAGCAGGGACGGGGGCAUUGGCACCUCCUGCUCGGACAGCACCGAGGACUUCUGCAACUCCAGUAGCGGCUCCUCAUUCCACCCCAUCAAAACCCAGGUGACCAUUCCAACAGCCCACGUUAUGCCUUCCACGCUGGGUGCCUCGCCCUCCAAGCUGUGCCCUGCAGGGGACCAGGGCUCUGCGCAGCCUGCCGGGCCGGGGCUGGCCAGGAACGGGGAGCUGAGCGCCGGGAAGGCCUCGCAGGUGCCCCCCAGGGAGCUGCUGCGCCUGUGCAGGGCCUCGGGGGACGGGGGCUGCGAGCACGCCUGGCCUCCCGCCGCCACCGAGGGAGCCUGGAAGUUCGACACCCCUGCCGUGGAGCAGACCCUGAACCAGUCCCUGCUCACGGACAGCCUGUGCACCGAGCCCCUGCACAGGUGCCAGCAGCUCAGCCCCAGCUCCGAGGCAGGGAAGGACCAUUACAAGGUGCUGCCGGAGAGCAAACGGGCGCCGGGGGCCAAUGGAACCUGCGAGCCGUGGCCCAGCGGGAGCAGGGCGAUGCCAGCGGGACUCCAGGCCAACAGCUUCUAUUCCAAACCCGUGGCAGCUCCCCCAGGCCGAGCCUGGCUGCAGGAAGGCUGCACCCUGCACUCCCACCAGGGAAUCUGCGAGCUCAGUGCCUGGAAACAGCAGCUGGACAAGGUGCGGCUGCAGGUGGAGCAGAUGCAGUUACAGAAUGGAGGCACCUGCCCCCAUUCCUCUCUGUGUUCCCCAUCCCUGCCUGCACCUGACCCAGCCCAGUGGAUCAAUAUCCUGAACUCCAAUGAAAACCUGCUUAAGGAGAAGGAGCUCCUCAUUGACAGACAGAGGCAGCACAUUUCCCAGCUGGAGCAGAAGGUCCGUGAGAGUGAGCUGCAGGUGCACAGCGCCCUGCUGGGCUGCCCAGCAUCCUAUGGAGACCUCUACAUGCUGAGGAUGCAGGAGCUGCAGAGGGAGAACACCUUCCUGCGAGCACAGUUCACAGAGAAGACCGAGAGCCUCAGCAAGGAGAACAUUGAGCUGGAGAGGAAGCUGGCUGCUGCAGAGCUGGAUGUGAAGCGGGGCCGGGAGUCCCUGAAGGAAACGGUGCAGAAACAUGCAGAGGAGCUAAAGAAACAGGAAGAAAGGGUAAAGGGAAGAGACAAACACAUUAAUAACCUUAAAAAGAAGUGCCAGAAGGAAUCUGAACAAAACAGAGAGAGACAGCAGAGAAUUGAGACCCUGGAACGAUACCUGGCUGAUCUCCCCACCCUUGAGGACCACCAGAAACAGAGUCAGAAGCUGAAGGAAUCUGAACUGAAGACCACUGCCCUGCAGGAAACAGUGCUGACACUGGAAACAGAGCUUGGAGACGUCCAGGCUGCUUUCAGGGAGCAAGAGCUGCAGCUGGAAACCCAAAAGCACAAGGAGAGGGAGCUCCUGUCCACUGUGCACAGCUUGCAGGACAAGCUGCAGCAGUAUGCAAAGAAUGCAGAGAGAGGAGCCCCUGGCCAGGAUGGGGAGAGGCAGAAAAUGGAGCAUGACUCUCUGAAGAAGGAGUGUGACUGCCUCAGGAAGAUUGUGGACAAAAAGCAGAAGAAGAUGGAGCAGUUAUCCUUGCAAGUCAAGAACCUGGAAGAACAGGUGGCCCAGGAGGAGGGGACAAGCCAAGCUCUGAGAGAGGAGGCAGUGAGGAGGGAAAAUGCUCUGCAGCAGCUCCGGGCUGCCGUGAAAGAGCUGUCCGUGCAGAACCAGGAGCUGAUAGAGAAGAACCUGACACUGCAGGAGCAGCUGCGGCAGGCGCAGCUGGCGGCGCAGCCCCUGCCUGCUGACGCUGCCCGCCUGGCCCAGGAGCUGCACGGGGAGCUGGCCAGCUGCCUGCAGGACUUACAGUCUGUCUACAGCAUCGUCACCCAGAGGGCUCAGGGCAAGGACCCCAACCUCUCCCUGCUCCUGGGCAUUCACUCUGUGCAGUACCCUGUGAGGGAGAAGGAUGACCUGCUGAGCCCUGACGGACUGGCCAAGAAGCUGGUGCAGGUAAAAGAGCUUCACAAAGAGGUGGAGGACUUGAGGACUGCAAUAUCUGACAGAUACGCUCAGGACAUGGGAGACAACUGCAUCACCCAGUGAAGAGCACUCCCAAAGUAAGACAGGGAAUGAAGACUUGAACCUCUCAGGAGUCUUGUGCUCCUACAACCCUAAACUAUUCAGCACUUUACCAUCCCUCUGCUUGGGUACAAGACUUAUCUGAUCUGUGGGGAAUCGGGGGGUUUGUGGCCAGAAGUGUUCAGCUGCUGACUGGGAUAAUUCAGGGCUCCAGUGUCAGGCUUUGCACUAGCUUUGAUCUUGUGGGAUGUGUUUUAUGCUGUGUUUGCUGCAGCUGCCAUGGCCUCUGAUGCUGGGAGAUGGAUUCUGACUUGCCUUGCAGGCAUGUCAAAUGCUGAACAUGCAAGUGUGACAGUUAAAAUGGUGGCUGAAAGGAAAUGUACGCCCUGGUCUCGCUGAUAACCUCCCUGUGCAGGUCCUGUGGGACCAGAGGCUUGUCAGGGUGUUUGUGGGAUAUCUGGGUUCCACGGGCAGGCAGCUGUGCCAGUUCCACUGCUGGCAUUUACAUCGAGGUGCUGCUGCCUUGGGCUGAUGGAGCAGGACCUGCUCUCCUCGGGUAAUGCAGCCAUUCAGCAGCCAGCACGAGCUGAGGACUAAAGCAACACUAAAAGACUCUGGAGCUGCUCCCCCUGGGCACUGUUACCCCAGAAGCCUUAAGCCUGUUGUCCCCCUGCAUCAGCACUGGGAGUGGGCUGUGAUCCAGACUGCAGAGCCAGUGGAUCGGUGCUGAAGUGCCUUAAUGGGCUGGAAGAACCCUCUGCCCCCACUCUGCUCCGUGCCUAAUGCAUCCCCUGGCAGGUGAGGGGCUGCUCUUCCCUCUCACUGCCUUUUAGAGCCAUCAAACCAUCCUGGGGAGCCCCAAGUGUCUGUGGGCCCUGCCAGAGCCUCUGUGCCCUGGGGACACCCCUGCC